AUGCUAAUCUCCCCACAGACCUGUGUAGAGGUCAGCACCGCCCGCUCCUCCACCGCACCACUCCCCCCCACCCGCACCACUCCUCCAGCACCUGCUUCCUCCACCGCACCGCUCCUCCACCUCACCGCUUCCUCCACCGCACCACUCCUCCACCACCCGCUUCCUCCACCGCACCACUCCUCCAGCACAUGCUUCCUCCACCGCACCGCUCCCCCACCGCACCACUCCUCCAGCACCUGCUUCCUCCACCGCACCACUCCUCCACCACCCGCUUCCUCCACCGCACCACUCCUCCACCUCACCGCUCCUCCACCGCACCACUCCUCCACCACCCGCUUCCUCCACCUCACCGCUCCCCCACCGCACCACUCCCCACCACCCGCACCACUCCUCCAGCACCUGCUUCCUCCACCGCACCGCUCCUCCAGCACAUGCUUCCUCCACCGCACCGCUCCUCCACCGCACCACUCCUCCACCACCCGCUUCCUCCACCUCACCGCUCCUCCACCGCACCACUCCUCCAGCACCCGCUUCCUCCACCUCACCGCUCCUCCGCCGCACCACUCCUCCACCACCCGCUUCCUCCACCUCACCGCUCCCCCACCGCACCACUCCCCACCACCCGCACCACUCCUCCAGCACAUGCUUCCUCCACCGCACCGCUCCUCCACCGCACCACUCCUCCACCACCCGCUUCCUCCACCUCGCCGCUCCUCCGCCGCACCACUCCUCCAGCACCCGCUUCCUCCACCUCACCGCUCCUCCGCCGCACCGCGGCCGCUGGCUUUCUCCAAUCCUGCUCGUGGCGCCCAUUUUCUCUGUGGUGGUCAGUUCCCAGAGAGCCAGUCCAGAUGA